AAAUCUUAGUCUGUGCUUCAACGCCGCGGCUGAGUGCUCGAUGCGAUCAGUGACGCGCGAGACAUCUAACCGAGCGAAUCAUGAGUUUCGACCUACAGAUCAAUGGGCUAUUCCCCAAUCGAGGACAGUUUCGCCUCCUGCUGGACGUGGCGCUGCUGUCUUUGAUGAUCUUGCUGAGCACAUAUUUCAAAGAGCUCUGGCUGCCAACAACACAGCGUGGAUUCUUCUGCGACGAUGAGUCACUUAUGUAUCCCUACCGAGAGAACACUGUGUCGUCCUCCAUGCUCCAUUGGAUCAGUAUCUAUUUGCCUAUGAUGGCUCUGCUGGCCCUAGAGACUAGUCGAAGCUGGCUGGGCUGCCGGCAGUAUUGGCGUGUGUACAACACCCUGCGCUGGUUCAUAAUGGGCUGCGCUGCGGAAUCUCUGCUCAAGGAUAUGGGCAAGAAUGUUAUUGGAAGAUUGCGGCCCCAUUUCUUUGAGGUCUGUCGGCCGCAGCUGCCCGAUGGCGGCUACUGCUCGGAUGCAGCUCAUCGGCAAGGUGGCGUCUACCAUACAGUUUACGGCUGCAACGCGGAUCUCUCGGGUGCCACUGAAGAGAUGCUGCUGGACAUACACGUGUCCUUUCCCAGUGGCCACUCCAGCAAGGCCUUCUAUGGGCUGGUCUUCAUGGCACUCCACUUACAGCGCAUCCGCUGGCCACUGCCUGGCAGCUUACUGCGCCCCGUCUGCCAACUGUUCUGCAUCUGCCUUGCCUCAUUUGUCGGCCUGAGCCGUGUCAUGGAUUACAAACACCACUGGUCGGAUGUUGCGGCUGGAUCGCUGUUGGGCGCCGCCAUUGCCUUUGCGGCUGUCCGUGCGGCAGGGCUGGACGAAAAACUGCAUCUAGAAAGCAGCAAAGGGCAACAUGCAAAUUCAUUGCCCAGCAAAACAGCUGCUGCUGCUGCUGCUGCUGCCGUUGGCAUUGCCAUCGCUGUUGCUAUUACUACUUUGCGUAUUAUUUAUUCAUAAUUUCUUUUUAUUGUGUUUUAUUGUCAGGACAAAAACAGGAACUGCCAUAGACUCGCCAAGUUGUUCGUCAUUUGUCGCGUCACACGCACAACGUGGCGUAUACGUCACGUGCAGGUUCGCAGGGUGCCAAGGCAGGGCUUUGUGAGCCCCUCCCUCUGCCUUCCCAUUGAAUGCUUUUUUACGCCUGCCUAGCUCAGCGCAAUCAGUUGACACUUCCCUGAGCAUGUCGCCAUUUAUCCAACAGUGCUCGCCGCCCUCUGCUUAUUUUGCAAAUUUGUAUUUCUUGUACAACUGUCACUGAGACACAGACGGGGCAGAUAGAUGCGCAGCUGCACCAACAAAAAUAACAGCAACAACAACAGCAAUACUUCGGAGGCGGGGACAGUAAAAAGAAACAUCCAUGUCUCGUUUGGCCGGUUUCUUCUCCUCUCCAACUUCUACUUCCACAUCCACUUUGACGGUGCCUGCGACUGUGUCUGCGCCUGUGUCUCCACCCGCCCAUGGCCAUCGCCACACAUGCUUCGCUCCGUUUCUCGGUUGGCUGGUUGCCCCACCAAGGCAGUUGUCAUCAGCAUCAGCAACUUGGAGCACCCACUGCUGAUCGAGGGGGGACCUGGCAUUAACUUGGCAGUGCUGCAAUCAUUGUCAUUAUCAUAUGCGUCAUGAUUUUUGGUUCUGUCUGUCAAA